GCUCGCGACAUCGGAGUAAUGUGAGAGCGCUCGUCAAAGUAAAAUACGUGUCUGUUUAAUCUCUACACACGCGCGCGGAUCUAAUUUGCGCUCUCGGAUUUUGACAGUGAGUUGCCGUCAUACGAGAACAUCUCCAACUUCUCCAAUUCGGAGGUUGGAAAGACAGAGCUCAGCAGGACGAACCAGGAAGACUCUGCAGACCAGGCAUGAUGCAAGUAGCGCUAGAUCAAGGUCCUGCUGAUCCCUCCACUGGAUAAUACAGUUCGCACAUAGUUGUAUUUAGUAUGUGCUCCGCCAAUAUUAUAUUUCAUAUAUUUUAUUUGUUUCUGUAUUCUUGUAUACAAGCACCAGUAAACUCGUGUUGGAUGCUAUACGCUCCCAUACAGUGGGUGGCAGUAUGCGCCUCAGCUUUCUUUUGGGUUGCGACCUACUAACAGCACGAAGAGGACGUCAUGAUAACAUGGACAAGUGAAGGGACUAUUAGGAGCCUUGAUCUAAUGCUGGCAGUGGAGAACUGAGGAGUUUUUACACUAUGGAGGCUUUAGUUGACGUCCUAAAUGUGGCCAGCGGACUGUCUGUGACACUCAGCCUCUUCCUCGUCUUUCUGGGUCUUCUCUACUGGUAUUCAAUUUACCCCUAUUCAGUCCUUUCUCGAUGUGGAAUCAAACAUCCAAAGCCAGUACCUUUCUUGGGCAACAUAUUCAUGUUUCGCCAGGGUUUUUUCAACCCGAUCAAUGAUCUCAUAAAGACUCAUGGCAGAGUUUGUGGGUAUUAUUUGGGCCGGAGACCGGUGGUGGUGAUAGCGGACCCUGACAUGCUCAGACAGGUGAUGGUCAGGGACUUCAGCAGCUUCACAAACAGACUGACUCGUCACUUCGCUACCAAGCCCAUGACUGACUGUCUGCUCAUGCUGAGGAAUGAACGCUGGAAGAGAGUGCGGAGCAUCCUGACCCCGUCCUUCAGUGCUGCCAAGAUGAAAGAGAUGGUUCCUCUCAUCAACACGGCCACCGAUUCCCUGAUGAGCAAUUUGAAUGUCUCCGCUGAGUCAGGAGAGGCCUUUGACAUCCACAGGUGUUUUGGCUGCUUCACCAUGGACGUUAUUGCUAGCGUGGCAUUUGGUACUCAGGUGGACUCUCAGAAGAACCCAGACGACCCGUUUGUCCGCUAUGCUCAGAUGUUCUUCUCCUUUUCUUUCUUCAGGCCCAUCAUGCUGUUUUUCAUUGCUUUUCCAUUCAUCACGGCUCCUCUGGCGAGAUUCAUCCCCAACAAAAGACGAGACGAGAUGAAUCACUUCUUCAUCAACAUCAUUCAGAAGAUCAUCAAGCAGAGAGAGGAGCAGCCUGCUGAACAGCGGCGUAGAGACUUUCUUCAGCUGAUGUUGGACGCACGAACCAGCGAAGACUCUGUGUCUUUGGAACACUUUGACACAGCGAGUCACGCUGGUGAUCAGCAGACACAACACUCGUCGGAUCAGGACGACCGUCUUCACCCACAGGAGCCGUCCUCCAGGCGUCCACAGAAAAAGAUGAUCACUGAGGAUGAGAUCGUGGGACAGGCUUUUGUCUUUCUUCUGGCGGGCUACGAAACCAGCAGCAACACGUUGGCCUUCACCUGCUACCUACUGGCCAUCAACCCAGAAUGUCAAUGCAAAGUACAGCAAGAAGUGGAUGAUUUCUUCACCAGACACGAGUCACCAGAUUACACUAAUGUCCAGGAGCUGAAGUAUUUGGACAUGGUUAUAAGUGAAGCAUUGCGCCUCUACCCUCCUGGAUUCAGGUUUGCGAGAGACAUUGACCAGGACUGUGUGUUGAACGGACAAUUCCUCCCUAAAGGAGGGACGGUGGAGAUCCCAGCGGGCUUCCUCCACUACGACCCGGAGCAUUGGCCAGAGCCUGAGAGGUUCAUCCCUGAGCGAUUCACACCUGAGGCCAAGGCCAAUCGACAUCCAUUUGUAUACCUGCCGUUCGGGGCCGGUCCCCGUAACUGUGUGGGGAUGAGGCUCGCUCAACUGGAAAUCAAAAUGGCUCUAGUGCGUCUGUUCCACAGGUUCAGCAUAGUGGCCUGCUCUGAGACCAAGGUUCCUCUUGAGUUGAAGUCGUCGAGCACUCUAGGACCUAAAAACGGCAUAUUUGUGAAAAUUCAAAGUAGAGACCUGAGAGAAGGUCAAGUGGAUUCUCCGCCAGACAAUUAAAAAACUGACCGUUCAUCAAAAAUCCUAUGAAUAGAUACAAAGCAUUCUGCAGGUCCAUGUUGUGACACUGACACACGUGUGUCAGUGUUAAGGAUCUGUUCCUUUAUUCCAUAGGUAACAUGAUGAAGUAAAUUACAAGUUACAAUAUACCUUAAUUAAAGUGCCCGUCUUGUGCUUUUAUUCGAGCCGGAGAGUGGACUGAUGAGACGUGAGUAAAGAGAUGAGCGGAUAAAAGAAUAAGUGUGCAUGUAGCAAUAUUGAUUUUUUUAAUAGAUCGAUUUUGAACAGCUGUCUGUCAUAAAAAGCUUAUUCAUUAAUCAGAACAAUGGUUUUAGUUUGUCGCAUGCACUGUCGAUCAAAUCUGUCACCUGAACCUAAAAGUUUGCACAUUCCUUCAUUUAAUGGCAUUCUGUUGUUAAACUGUGCUGCUCUCUUUACUACUGCUUCCUCCCAUGAAUGAUGGUUAAUUAACCUCCAUGCAAUCGCAGAUUACCACGGUCGAUAUAGACGGAGGUACAUAUGUUGGCAAGUGUUACUGAUUAUAUUUGAAUAGACUGUUUGAUUCCCAACGCAGCAGCGCUGUCAUGCGUCUGCGUCUUUUAACCUCCUCAGAUGAAAGCUGCCAUUUCAGAGUGAGAGAGGUUGUUUUGUGACAGGAUAGGAAAUCCUCAUGCUGUUUUCAUUCCUGAGGACAUGAGUCAGCGUAUCAAAUGUCUCAGAACAGGAAACUGGACUUUAGUCGGCCAAAAUUCUCAGGGAAAAUCAAGUUCAACCUCAAAGAGUGGGAGUAAAAGCAUUUUAUCUCAUUUCUCUUGAUGACCUCAUUCAUUAUCCUUCAAGGAGAACAUCUGCACCGUACUCAAAGGAAAACAAUUACAUAACUACGUAUCGUGCAGGUAGAUACAUCUUACUAAGAAUUUCAGCCAGUGUUUGGGAGUUAUUCUAAGAUGCUUGAGAGUUACAGCCCUGAAUUUAUUUUAAUUAUGAAUGUAUACAAUAAAAGUGAUUUACUGAUGAUUAAUUCAAAUGUAUCCAACAAAGAAAAUGUAUAUUUCAGCAGCUGGGAUUAAAGGCCAGAGGCCUGAAUGUGUUUGAAUGAUAUACAUUUACAAUGGGUCAAAUACCACUUGUGUGCAACUAAAUAUUAACGUGUGAUGAUGAGAUUUCUCUGUUCUAUCAUUAUUAACUACCAUUAAAAAAAUCACCUGUUAUAUUAA